UUGAAAAUAUUGGAGUCUGAUGUCUCCUCCGCUGCUGAGUGCUGAGGAGGGAGAGCAGAGCAAUGUCUCUCUAGUGGCUUUGUCACCCUCUAUGGACUGUAUCUCCCAAAAUGUCUCAGGAUUAAAAGAACGCAAUUGCAUGGGUUUGUCAGAUUGUUCUUCGGUAGAUAGUUCACCUGUCUCGAGCUUGUCAGAAGAGAAAAAGAACAAUCUGAACUUGAAGGCUACAGAGUUGCGGCUUGGCUCUUGAGAAGAUGUUCAGCUGUUUCACCAUAGGUCAAUGUGGAUCCCAAGGAGCACCAGGGAGGGAAAUGCUGAGUGAGAGCAAGUUAAGAGAUCUUUUGCACGGAUCAGAAUAUGUACUUACAUAUGAGGAUAAAGAUGGUGACUGGAUGCUUGUAGGGGAUGUUCCGUGGGAGAUGUUUAUUGACUCAUGCAAGAGGCUGAAGAUCAUGAAGGGCUCUGAUGCCAUUGGCUUUGCUCCCAGGGCCAUGGAGAAAUCCAGGAAUAGAAACUAGCUAGUCUCUGAAACUCUUGAUUGCUUUGUGGCUGGCAAGUUCAAUGCUUGGAAUUCAAGCGGGUGAGGAAAGAGGAGGAAAGCUUUUAAAUGUGAAUGAAGAAAAUGACAGGAUGAUUCUUUAGCUGGAUGAUAGGUCAUGUUCAGAUGGACAUCCUGUCUUAGACGUAUCUAUGUUUUGAUUAAAUCAAAAAAUUUGCUUAUGUCUGAGUUGAAGUAAGGUUAUUUAAAACCUCGUAAAGCUAUUAAAAAAAUUAGUACUGUGGAGUUCAUAGUCCUUAUAAAAUUCUAGUUGUUGAAGGUGUUUUGUAUUUGAUGAAUCUUUGUUUGAUUGAAGACCACCUGGAUGCUAUUCUUCUUCUGCUUUGUUGACUGUCAGUGUUAUCAGUAAAUUUCCGGGAAGUUGUCUUA